UGCAGAAACUAGAAUCAGUUUAUUUACAGCCCUUCGAGAAAAGGGCGCCUUUAGUGAGAGCUAUCUGGUUGUAAUGGUGCUGAACACCUUCUGUCAUAGCUGCUCGCAACUUUAAUGCGUAAUUGUGCACAGGCAGUGCUGCAUCAGUAAUGGUUAACCAAUAAAGAGAACUAAAAAAAAAACUGCUUUGAGGACAGUGUAGGUGGAGAAAAAGGAAGUUUACCUAGGGAAUAAAACAAACAGAGAAAAGAACAUUUACUUAACGUUGCUGCGGAGCAAACACAAUGGCAUCAGUCCUUGGAAACAACACCCGUGCUUCGGGAACUCCAAACAGCCAACUGAAAUGCAAAUUCAAGAGGAGGAGGAGAAGGAGGUCUAAGAGAAAAGAGAAAGUAAGCAUGCUUUCUGCUUUCAUUGGUCCUUUCAAGUAUUUGAGUCCAGGGGCUACGAGCACACAGGAUGAAGAUAAUUUAAGUACCAGCAGUGCAGAAGUGAAGGAGAAUCGGAAUGUAGGCAAUCUGGAGGAACGUUCCAUUGUUACCGGGGACCGGCAGCCAUUUUGUUACACAGACAUACCCAGGGGCGGGACUUCAGGUCUAAAAAGGAAAAGGCCUCUUGAAGGAAACAAUGGACACCUCUGCAAACUGCAGCUGAUCUAUAAGAAACUCUCCUGGUCAGUCACACCAAAGAACGCCCUGGUUCAACUCAAUGAGCUAAAACCGGGCUUACAAUACAAAAUGGUCUCCCAGACUGGACCUGUGCAUGCACCUGUUUUUUCCAUCUCCGUGGAGGUGAACGGACUCACCUUUGAAGGCAAGGGGCCUACAAAAAAGAAGGCAAAAAUGAAGGCUGCUGAGCUGGCCCUCAAGUCUUUUGUACAGUUUCCAAACGCUUCUCAGGCCCACUUUGCAAUGGGAAACCUCAGCAACCCGUCAACAGACUUUACCUCUGACCAGGCCGACUUCCCAGACACUCUGUUCAAAGAGUUUGAGCCGUCUGCACACAACGACAACUACCCGUGCUACAGGCCCUCAGAAAAUGAAUUGAUCUCCAGUGCUUAUCGACAUGGGAGAUUACUCCGCCACACGCUGGACUUAAUGGUCCAAGCCAAACAAAACAAGCACAAGAUGGCAGCCCUGGCAGACUGCGAGAAGAACCCAGUGGUGCUGCUAAAUGAGCUGCGACCGGGGCUGAGGUACAUUUGCCUCUCGGAGGCUGUGGAGAGGCAACACAUCAAGAGUUUUGUAAUGGCAGUGAGGGUUGAUGGGGGAACAUUUGAAGGCUCUGGACGCAGUAAGAAGCUGGCAAAGGCCCAGGCAGCACAAACAGCUCUACAAGCCCUCUUUAACAUCAGGUUGGCACCUGAGGGGAAAAUCAGCCAUACGUCCAGCAGGAAUAGAUGCCCUCAUUUACCACAGGAAUUUGCAGAUUCAGUGUUCCAGUUGGUGACUGAGAAAUUCCGUGAGUUGACAGACAGCUGUACAUCCUUGCAUGCACGCCACAAAGUCUUGGCAGGAAUCGUAAUGACCAGAGGUUUGGACAUCAGGCAAGCACAAGUGAUUGCAUUAUCAACUGGUACCAAAUGUAUCAACGGUGAAUAUAUCAGUGACCAGGGGCUUGUUGUCAAUGACUGCCAUGCUGAAAUUGUUGUACGGAGAGCAUUCAUUCGAUUCCUUUACUCUCAGCUGGAGCUCCUUUUGAGCAAACAGCGAGAGGACUGGGAGCAAUCAAUCUUCAUCCGGCACAAGGAAGCAGGCUACAGACUGAGAGAGAACAUCCUGUUCCACAUGUACAUCAGCACCUCACCCUGUGGAGAUGCACGCCUCAACUCUCCCUAUGAGAUUACAUCCCACUUGCACAGCGGCAAGCACAUUGUGAAGAAAUUCCACGGUCACCUACGGACGAAGAUCGAAUCUGGAGAGGGGACCGUUCCUGUGCGAGGUCACAGUGCAGUGCAGACCUGGGACGGGGUGAUGCAGGGGGAGCAGCUCGUCACCAUGUCCUGCACGGAUAAAAUUGCCAGAUGGAAUGUUCUUGGUAUCCAGGGAUCGCUCCUCAGCUACUUUAUCGAGCCUAUCUACCUGCACAGCUUCAUUGUGGGGAGCCUUCAUCACACCGGUCACUUCUCAAGGACAGUGAGCCAUCGGGUACAGCACAUUGGUCAGCUGCCAGUGUCAUACAAGCAGAAUCAGCCUCUUUUUAGUGGAUUAAGCAGCACUGAGAGCCGGCAGCCAGGAAAGUCCCCUUGCUUCAGUGUGAACUGGACUGCAGGGGACACUGGACUGGAGGUCAUCAACACCACGACAGGCAAGAAGAAGGACUCGGGCAGCUCAUCCCGGCUCUGCAAGCUCACACUCUUCACUCGCUGGGCAAAGCUUUAUGACAAGUUGAGCAUGCAAGUGCCGAGCCAUGGGGAAAUGCCAGUGAUGUAUUGCAAGGCCAAGCUGGCUGCUGGAACAUACCAAACUGUGAAGCAGCAGUUGUUUAAAUCGCUGCAGGAAGCCGGACUGGGCACCUGGAUAAAGAAGCCGCCGGAGCAGGGGCACUUUCUACUGCCUGUAGAAACGGCACAUGUCAGCACCCCCCUGUGAAAGCUUACUGGAGUGCUCUGUUAAACUCAGGCUCUCCGGCCAACUCUCCCCUCUGUAGGAGAGCAGGCCUCACAAAGAAGACACAGGGAAAAAACAAAACAUGGUAACACUUUACAUUAACCCAUUAAGCACCACUGUCCUUAUCUGAGGACAGGCUACUUUGUAAUUUUUUAAGCAUUUUUAACUGGCAUCUUCUUAUUGUUUUAAUUUUCUGUUUCUUUUAUUUAGCUAUAUUGUUAUGUAACUUAUUCUAAUUGUGUUAACUGCAAAAGUUCAAAUGUAUAGUCCAAAUUGCAAUGUAUCAAACUACAUUAAUACAGCUGUGUUCUAAUUGUUUUUUAAUAAAAAAGGAUUUGGUACUUAAUGGGUUCUCUGACUCUAAUUACUGUGUAUUACAAUGGUAUUAUGCAUAGUACAGUGUACUUAAUGUGUAUAUCUUUGUGCAUCAUAUAAGCCUAACCCUAUAUCUUUUUUUUUUUUUUUUUUUUUUCCCCAUUUGGAAUAUCCAGUUAUGU